ACUGUGUGGCAGCUCUGUGUAGCCGCGUUUAUUUAUUGCACAUUUCCAAUGAAAUUUAAGUAAUUUGUUGAAAUAGCUAGCAUGGAGGUGGAAUUUAGCAAGGAAAACUUUCUGCUGCCCGAAAUAAAAUAUGAAUAUUUGGACCACACAGCCGAUGUGCAACUUCAUGCCUGGGGCUCCACGCUGCAGGAGGCGUUCGAACAAUGCGGGAUGGCUAUGUUUGGUUAUAUGACCGAACUGGAUUAUGUGACUGUCGAGACGUGCUACGAGAUCGAAGCGAAAGGCGACGAUAUUAAAGGACUAUUGUUUCAUUUUCUGGACGAACUGCUCUUUUUGUUCUCCGCCGAACCGUAUUUGGUGGGCAAGAAACUGGAAAUCACAAAAUUUGAUAUGGACAAUCUUGAAAUAGUCUGCCGAUGCUAUGGCGAACCCUUUGAAUUGGGAAAGCAUCCACAGGGGACGGAAGUAAAGGCAAUCACAUAUUCGGCCAUGGAAGUGGUGCAGGACGUGGAGCGAAGUAACUUUGAAGUGUUUGUUAUAAUUGAUAUUUGAGGCGUAAAAAGGGUAUUAAAUGAAUUUUGACAUUGUU